CGUUCUACUCUAUUACAUCAUGUUUAUAAAAAGUCCAAGCGUAGCUCUGACUAACUUACGCCAAAAGUCACGGGAAUCAGAAUACACAGUGGCCAUAUCUGUCUUCUGACAGGAGCACAGUGACUGCGUGUGAAAACUUCAGGCAAGACUGAUGCUACAACACGCCCUGAGCGGAGAUGUGAAAUGACGAAAGUUGUGAAGCUAUGGAAAUAGAAGACACAAGUAGUGAAUCUGGGAGAAGUGAAGAGGCAUGUGAAAGUAAAGGAGCAGUAACAGGCCAAGGCCCCAGUAUUUACGUCAGGGGACACGAGUGGUUUGAGAAACACGGACAGUGGUCCAAGUGGCUAGUUGAUCAGAACCGGGCUACUUUGGUUCAAAAUGGCGACUUUUCCAAUAUUAGUGACCACUUAAUUAAAGCAGGCGUUUUCACGGACAACGAAAUGGAAAAAAUCGAGAAGACCAAAGGAAGAGGCAAAAGGAUGUCAAAGUUUCUGGACACUUUGCGUCGAAAGCCAGAAUGGGUAAUACAAAAAUGCUUUGAUGUGGUUUGUGAAGCUGAUCCUAUUCUACAUGAUCAAGUACAGUGGCUAAUCCCGUCCAUUCCAUCCCCUGAGCAUCACAGUACAGGUGUCGGACAGAUUUCCGAGGAACUGAACGCUAUGCAGACUGAAGUGAGAGAAUGGUACAAGUCACAGCUGUCCCGAUUUCGUCCGAUACCCUGGAGCCCGAUGUUAGAGAUGGACUUUGAUCAUGUGUUCACCAAUCUAAAGAUGGUCGAGGGCCGGAAAGAAAGUUGGCGUAUUACUGAUCAAGGUACGAAAGCAGUUGACGUUGACAGCAUAGAAGGACUCAGCGAAGUCAUGUUUAGCCCUGAAGGGAGAACCAUAACGUUUGUACAAGGUCCAGCCGGAACUGGAAAAAGUACCCUGUGCAGGAGACUGGCCUACAUCUGGGCCAAGAACAGCCAUCACAUAUAUCGACGCCAUUUUGAUUUGGUGUUGCUCUUGGAAGCUCGCUCCAUGGUUGGUGAUAAUAUAAAUGAGUGUAUCGUUCAGCAGGUACUUCCAAAAGACUUUGAUCUCAGUGAACAUGACAUUUGUAAAUGUGUGAAUAGAUGUGGUGGAAAUUGCUUGAUGAUUAUCGAUGGGGUUGACGAAUUAACACAAAAGGGUAAAGCAGCUAUAAUUGACCUGUUACAAGGAAAAUUUCUUCGUCACAUUAAUGUCAUAAUCACGGGACGUCCGGAAGCACUGAUAGAAUUUAUCCGAUAUGCCGAUGUCCAUUUAGAGAUAUCAGGAUUCACGAAAGAUAAUGUCGAAGCCUACGUUUGUAAACACUUCACAAAAUCUAAGAGUGAAUAUAGAGACCGAAUGCUGAAGAUACUGAAGGAUAACUCGGAGUUACAAGAGGCAGCUGUUAACCCAUUCACAACUCUACUCAUGUGUCUGCUUGUACAAGACAAUAGCAGUGAAAUUCCGUCUAAUUUUAACGACAUCCUGCACCAAGUGAUUAUGUUAGCUUGUAAGCAUUAUGUUUCCAAAAUUGACAUGAAGUAUAACGUCAACGAUGCAGAUCUGUUUAGAAUUGCUUGCAAAGUUGCGCAUUUGGGAUUUGAGGAGGACAAAUUGGAGUUUCAGGAGAACGAGAUCAAAGAAAUUUGCACAAGCGAUUUGAGUGAACAUUUCCUGAAAUCUGGACUACUGACUAAGGAUUUCUCAGUGUCUAGAUUACAUACAGUUAGUUACUGGUAUUUCCCUCAAAGGUCAAUACACGAACAUCUCGCUGCUUGUCAUCUUGUCGACGCCAGACUGGAAACGUCCAAUGACAUUGUCACCAGUUGCAACUUGAACCAUAUUUGGACUUGGAAUAGAACAUUUUUAGCAAUCCUCUACCUGCUUAGGAAACAACGCCCUCGAUUUCAUACGUAUUUGUCGCGUAUUCUCGAUAUAGCCUGUCCUCAGUACAGACAGGUCAAACGCGGAUUUCAGGAGUUUGUUGGACGUGCGACAUGUGAGAAAAGAUGCCGCAUGGGUGACGAGGAAGCCUUUAACAGCCGAGCUUUUCUCUUCCGCCAGAUCCUUGACGCUCUCUGUUACAUUCACCAGGAUGGUAGAGAGGUAUUUGUCAACAUUAUACGUGGUAACUCGGACAUGUUAAAGGUUUUCCUCUGUGACAACAUCUUUAGUUGUUUCAAUAGCUUGUGUGCAACGUGUGCCAAAGCGAUACCAAUACCUCUUACCAAUCAGUUUUUCUUGAGGAAACGGGUUUCUCUCGACGGCUAUACUGUUUAUUAUAAAGAUCCCAACGUAGUCCGUUGUAAAUGGUCAAAGGUGUACGCUACAUGCGUAAAUCAUUCGAAAGGCAAAUUGCGAGUACCAUGGUUGCACUGUGACAGUCUCAAGGAUGCAUGUUCUACACUUAAAUAUGACAAGGUAUGGGUUAUGGCUACCCUCAGUGUACUUCUGUUGCCAGACACAGAAAACGCGGAGUAUGUACACAGAUUCAUAGACUUUUUGACAUCAGUAAAGAAGAGGUUGACUCUUUUGUUGAUAGUACCAAAUCUGCUGUGUGAGGAUUUGAGCCGUGUGAAGCUGCUUAACUUGAUUAACGGAUGUGAUUAUCCCAAAGUCAAAGUUUGUUACGAUCAUCCUAACAUCCCAGUUCACGUCUCACAGGAUGAUGAAUCUAACGAAGGUGGCCACUGCCUUUCGCCCAAACUGACUUACGACAUCCCUAAUCCAGUACACCAUAUGUACUAUAACAAGCACUGCCCAUUUUAGCUUAUGCCAUACCCCGAGCGUCAGCGUUCAAUCACAGGGAAAGCAGUGUUAAACAAAAUGUCAAGGGUGGUAUCUUAAAAAGUACCUCAUGUAUUGGGCUGGGGUUUUGCACAAUAACUCGAGGGGUAUGUUGCAUCGUUGAUCCGCCGUGUGCAUACUAAAUAGUGUAAAUUACAACAUUAAUGACAUAGUGUAUUGUGUAUUAGAAUCAGGCAAUGUUAAACAAAAUGUUAGGGUGGUCUGUUAAAGAGAUCGGCAUGCAUUCAGAUCAAGUAGAGCACACUAACUCGAGGGAGAGCGGAGGUGGUGUUCCAUCGUUGAUUUGCUGUGUGCAUAUUAAUUACCCCAAACUACAAAACUCACGACUUAGUAUACUGUGUAUUAGAAUCAUUUUUAAGGUAAAUGUUAGGGGUGGUAUCUAAAAAGUAUUGCAUGUAUUGACAAGAAGUUUUGCAUGCAUAUAAAGCAUAGUGACACGAGGCGGGUUUUCCAUUGAUGAUGUUGUGUGUGCAUAUUAAUUACCGUAAAUUACCACAUGCAAAAUUUCACGUAUUGAGCUGAAAUUUUGCAAUCAUGUUUCUCCUACCGGCGAGCUCUUUGGUAGCCUUGCAACAAAAUUUAAGUUACGAAACCUGUCAGUGUAACAUCCCUAUACUAGCAGCUUGUCACUGAGGGGGCUGGCAGUUUUCGUCUGCCACGUGCUAUUUGUCAGACAUCAACUAUUGGGCCCGUAAAGCACAUUAUUCUACAGGUGAGAUUAUAAACAGUGAUAUAAAGAGCAAAGUAUAGAUUUAUUCCAUUUGAGAUUAUAAAUAUACUGAUACUUUUUUUAAUACUACUUUACAAUACUACAUGUCUCUAUACAUAAUUAUAUACACAAUUUGAUAGAAUGUGAUAUAGAAAGCUACAGCACAGAGAGUAGAGCCAGAGCAUCGACGACAAUGUGAUAGUUUGCAACUAGUAAUAUGUAACCGGUGAAAUACGCCCUCUUGUUCAAUUCACCUCAGUUAAGGUUUUAUUACAACUGUUCGUGUAAAUGCUUAGAUAGUAGCAACUUAAAUGUCCGCUAGUAGCAUGGUUUAAGCACACUGAGGCGAGAAAAAAUGCAGUUUUGUUAAUUGCAGUGCAUUAGAUGUCACUGACAUUACACACCGUGACGGAUAGUGAGGUGAAUUACAACAGCUGUGCAAAUGUGUAAAGGUGUUCUUAUGUUGUAUAAACUUUCUGCUUAUGUGUACUGUGCGUUCAUACUCCUUACAGCACAUGCGCCGCUCUCUGUGAGCGGCGAAGGUGAAGAAAAUAUAAAAAUGAUGCGAAAAUCAGAUGAAAGAGCGUCAAAACUCGUUUACAAAUAUGGUCUUUAAAAAUUUUUGGGGAUUUUUGUUUUUCAAGAGAAAAGGGUAUUCCAAAAUAUUUUUGUAUGGUGGGUAUUUGCGACCAACUUUUGGUAUUUAUCGUUGUUGCAUAAUAAUGCUCUAAAUAAGGAUGUGAUGCUUGUCUAAUAAAUUUAUUUGAAUGUAAAUUUGUUGUUUAUAUCGAAACAUAUGUAUUUAACCAUAUUAAAAAUAUAAAUAUGAUCCAAAUUGAGGUUUAAUAUAUUUGUUAGCUGAAAAGAACAAAUUCUAGUACAAAAAUAUUUAUUAAAUCUGUGUUACAUCCUCAUUUAUAACAUUAUUAAACAAAGACUAUAAAUAUCAAAAGGUUGUCCCAAAUACCCACCAUACAAAAAUUAUUUUCAAGUGUGUUUUUUUCUCCCUAAGGAAAAAUCGGAAAAAAUAUUGAAGACCACAUUUAGGAAUAACUUUUCGCACUCUUUCAUCUGAACUUUGUCAUUUUUAUGUUUUCUCCACCUUUAAGGAGUAUCCAGAACGUUAAACCAAACAUUUGUGUGGUUCAUAAGAGCAUAUGUGUGACGUUGUUUGCAGUUGGUUACUCUUAGUAUGGGGAAUCGCUGGCAAUAACUGGCUUUGGUGAUGUGUCUCAAAACACUCUCAUCUUGAAUAUAAGUGUCACUUUGUAUUUGCUUUAGAAUGUCUGUGAACCUGACAAAUUUCUGGCUUGAUCUUAGUUUGUGCUUUGCUGGAACCGUGUGUAGUUUUGCGUCUUGCAUAACACAAAGGGUUGUCAUCACUGGUAGAUGUACACGAGGGUAAAACUACGGAACCACGGAAAGGACAUAGUUUUAUCAUUGUUAUAUUAUUUACUAAAAAAUUUUCACGGGGGAUAUUCUAAAUAAUGGUAUUCUUUUUUUGAAUUACUAUUUCCUUUUUUGAAGAUGGCUAAGAAAAUAACAAUUAUGCAACUAUGACCCUUCCGCGGUUCCGUAUAAAACUGGUCGAAAUUGGACAAAUCUCGCGCUUGAAUAUAUACUACUCACAGCGUGGGAACCAUACAAGCGUGAUAACCAUGGGACGCGUGUCUCGUCUAGCUUUGCAUAACUGAAAUCACCAGCUUAUUUUGAAUAUAAAUCGUUAUAUUCAUAAAUGGUAAAUAUAGGUUGGCGCGCGGUGAGUGCUGGUGAGACUGAUGCUAAACAAAACAAAGUGUCAAAAUGUCAGAUUUGUCUAGUAGUGGCAGUGAUAUUUCUUGCAAGCACUGUGAGGCUGGGGUUGGAAUUUGUCCAGUUUUAACCAGUUUUACGCUGGUGAGGAUCUACCAGUGAUGACAUAUGGUGAUGCCUGUAUGGAAUUCACAGCUAAGAGGCCUGUGAGUACCACAAUUUUUAAUGGCGGGAGUGAUUGAGUGCUUGGGGUUUAACGUCGUACUUUACAAUUUUUCAGUCAUACGACGAUGAAGGAAUCCUUAGAGUGCAUGUAAUGUGCCUCAUUGUUGCAGGACGGAUUUCCACUGCUCUUUUAUCUAGGGCUGCUAGAUCUGAGCUUUCCGAGGUUUGAGGUUUAAAGGAGAGAAUAAAGGAUUAUAUGAUUUGUCAGUUUUUACAUUUAGCUUUAAUGUUUUCGCUUUAAGCGUUGGUUUGAACAGUUGGUGCUGUUGAUUUUACACUUACUAUUCAUCGUGUCACUUAUAGAUUUUACGGGGGGCUCAGUGGUUAACGUGCUAGCGCGACACAAUAACGCAGGCCUCUGACCUAUGCCAUGCUGGCUUCCUCUCAGGUCACAUAUGGGAGAAACCUGCGGAUGGUAGUGGUUUUCAUCCGAUCUCUUUUCCUAAAACACGAAUAAAAUAAAUUUAACUUUAAUGUGAUUUUUUGUAUGUGUAAGUUGUUUUUACAUAUAUACCUUCAUAUAGGCUUGAUUUUAUAAUCCCAUAAUAAACAUAACUUAGUUAUUGCAUGACUAUCUAAGACUAAAGAGACUGUCGGACUAGGCCCUAGGUUAUUAACUUUUCAUCGCAAUGUCACAAGAGCUGCAUGAAUGGUUCAAUCCUAUUCACGCAAAGCGAAUUUUCAAAAUUCAGUCCUUUUCACGCCAGAUUUCAAUUGUUUUGGGAGGCCGGCUGGUCGCCGGCUCUUUGUUGUGUAGUCUUACAUGAAUUUCGAUGGCGACUGCUUGCCUUCUAUCAGUAUAUACGUGUGUCACAUGUGGGGACUGUUAGUAAGUAAUUUGCCAAAUGUCGGUGGUUUACUCCGGGUAUUCUGGCUUCGUCCACCUAUGUAAAAUUGGCAGCCGUGGUAUAAGUGAAACAUGUUUGUGUGUGCCAUGGCAUCAACAAAACAGUAAAUAAAUAAAAGUUUCAGGUAACAAGAUAUUUGUUUGUCCGCGUGGGUUUUUAGUGUGUUCCCGUGGUCGUCAAAAUUUGGUCCCGUCUGACCUAUAUACGCAGGAUGCCAUGAACUGGGAGGGAUACCCAGCAAUGUGACGGUGACGUCACUCAUAGCUUCAUCACUGACUAACUCCUCGUACGUUUUGGCCAAGCAUGCACCUGUGCAAUAAAAAUGGCAUACACGGUUAGUAA